CUCCGGAAGCGGAAGCGAGGCGUCGGGCAUGCAGCGUGAGCUCCCCCCGGCGGAGAGGACGGGGCUGAGGGGAAGGGAGCCGGAGAGAGACCUAGGCAGGUGUGUUGGGAGCAGAUAUCGGGAGAUGUGCUGCACAUGAUGAUUUAGAACACCAUGCUGGUCACUGCCUAUGUUGCUUUUGCCUUCCUCCUGCUGAUAUGCAUUGGCUUGGAGUUCUCUGCCUGUCGUUCCAAGAUCACCGGCAGGUCUUGCUCCAACCCAGCCUUCCUGCGGUUCCAGCUAGACUAUUACCAGGUCUAUUUCUUGGCCCUUGCCGCUGAUUGGCUGCAAGGACCUUACCUCUAUAAACUGUACCAGCACUACCACUUUUUGGAGGCUCAGAUCACCAUCAUCUAUGUCUGCGGCUUUGCCUCCAGCGUGCUGUUUGGGCUGGUCUCCAGUUCCUUGGUUGACCGCCUGGGCCGUAAGAAAUCCUGCAUCCUCUUCUCCUUGACUUACUCCGUCUGCUGCCUCACAAAGCUCUCCUGGGAUUAUUUUGUGCUCAUUGUGGGAAGGAUAUUAGGGGGGCUGUCCACUGCCCUGCUCUUCUCUGCCUUUGAGGCAUGGUAUGUCCACGAGCACGUGGAACGCCACGACUUCCCAGCCGAGUGGAUCCCCGCUACCUUCUCCAAGGCGGCUUUUUGGAAUGGCAUCAUUGCUAUUGGAGCCGGCGUGGUCGCCAACGUCUUUGCCGAAUGGCUGGGGCUGGGCCCGGUGGCCCCCUUCAUGGUCUCCAUCCCCUUUCUCAUGCUGGCGGGUGUCUUGGCGAUGAAGAACUGGGACGAAAAUUACGGCAAGAAGAGGGCUCUCUCCAGGACUUGCACUGAUGGCUUGAAGUGCCUCCUCUCAGACCGCCGGGUCUUGCUUUUGGGUACCAUCCAGGCUUUGUUUGAGAGUGUCAUCUACAUCUUCAUCUUCCUUUGGACUCCCGUCCUGGAUCCCCACAACCCACCCCUGGGCAUAGUCUUCUCUAGCUUCAUGGCGGCCAGCAUGGCAGGCUCAUCGCUCUACUGCGUCGCAACCUCCAAGAAAUACCACCUGCAGCCCAUGCACAUCCUUUCCCUCUCGGUCCUGAUGGUUUUCUUUUCCCUCUUCAUGCUGACUUUCUCUACCAACCCUGGGCAGGAGAACCCUUCCGAGUCCUUCUUGGCCUUCCUUCUCAUUGAGCUGUCUUGCGGCCUCUACUUCCCUUCUAUGGGUUUUCUGCGGCAGAAGGUGAUCCCUGAGAAGGACCAGGCAGGUGUCAUGCACUGGUUCCGCGUCCCGCUCAACCUGCUGGCCUGCCUCGGCCUGCUGAUCCUCCAUGACAGCGACUACAAGACAGGCACCAGGAACAUGUUCACCAUCUGCUCUGUCAUGAUGGUGAUGGCCCUCCUGGCCGUCGUGAGCCUCUUCACGGUGGUCCGUAACAACGCAGAGCUCAGGUUGCCCAGUCCGCCUGGUCAAAGUGAGGUCUCUUCUCCUGAGCUCUGAUAUGUGAUGCUAUUUCUUGGGGGAAGAUGCUCUGGAGUUGGCCAGUCAUCUGUUGCACAUCACAGUGCUGGUACUGUAUAUAGGCAAGGACUCCGCAGAGAGAACACAAGAAUCUCUUCUGAGUCUUGUGUAUCCUUUCCCCCCACAUGGGAUAAUCUUUUCUAUGCCUUUUUCAAUAAGGAUUGAUCCCUAUCGGACUUGAUCUAUGGCAAGCAUAGCUUUCUUUUCUGCACCGUGGAGUUUUUGAUUCCCGAGGCAUCUUGACUUCUGCUACCAAAAUUUGUGUGUGUGAGGGUGUGGGGAGUGCUUCCUGCCACUUCAUCCUGGAUAGAUUGUGGAAAGUAAUGGGUGAAAAAGACACAGCCCUCUAUUUUAUUUUUUUUAAGUGAGCAGUGAGGUUGAUAGACUGACCAUUAUCAGUAUUGAACUUGUUCAAAACGUCAGCCAAAUUCCAUGUUGUCAACCCUCUGCUUUUGGAAAAGAAUAAAAUACAUAAAGCUUC